AUGGGGGCUAUAAGAAGAAAAAUUGAAAAGUUAAAUAUCAAGGAAGACACUGAAGAUGUCGUUGAUCCUUGGACUGUUACGAGCAUGGAUGAUAUAGGAAUAGACUACAAGAAGUUGAUAGAGUGGUUUGGCAGUUCGAAGGUAGAUCAAGGGCUGCUAGAAAGAUUUGAAAAGAUCACCGGGAAACCAUGUCAUCACUUUUUGCGUCGUGGCUUAUUUUCUUCACACUGUGAUGUGCAUACGGCAUUGGAUUUUUACGAGCAGGGCCAGCCGUUUUACUUGUUCACUGGAAGAGGUCCUAGUUCAGGUGCUAUGCACGUAGGAGACAUGAUACCAUUUGUAUUUUGCAAGUGGCUCCAAGAUGUCUUUGACGUUCCACUGGUGAUACAACUGAAUGACGACGAGAAAUCGAUACAGAAGAACAUAAAGGUUGAAGAUGCUAUCGAUCUUGCGUACGAGAACACCAAGGACAUAAUAGCCUUUGGUUUCGAUGUCAAAAAGACAUUUAUAUUUUCAAAUCUCGAGCAUAUUGGAAACAAUCCAGCUUUCUACCAAAACAUGAUUCGAAUUCAAAAGUGUGUAACGUACAACCAAAUCAAAGAGAUCUUUGGAUUUGAUGACAGUGAUUCUGUUGGUAAAAUAGCAUUCCCACCGACUCAAGCAGCUCCAGCUUUUUCCAGCACUUUUCCAUUUAUUUUUAAGAAUGCUAAGCUCCCAUGCUUGAUUACUUGUGACAUUGAUCAAGAUCCUUACUUCAGAAUGACAAGAGAUAUUGCACCCAAAUUGGGUUUCCUCAAGCCAGCAUUGCUACAUUCAUCAAUCCUCCCAGCAUUGCAAGGAUCGCAGUCAAGAAUGUCUGCCAGUGAUGUUAAUUCCACGAUAUUUUUGACUGACAGUCCCAUGGAAAUUAAAAAUAAAAUAAAGAAAAAGGCGUUCUCCGGUGGACGGCCAACUGUCGAAGAGCACAGGGAAUUCGGCGGGAAUUGUGAUAUCGACAUUUCCUACCAGUGGCUGAAAUUUUUCCUCAAGGAUGAUGAUCAACUGGAUCAACUCAGAAAAGGUUACACGAGUGGAGCUUUACUAACUGGAGAUUUGAAUCAAGCGUUGACAAGAGUACUCCAGGAUAUGGUCAGUGAACACCAAGAGCGGAAAAGAUAUGUCACCGAUGAUCUAGUUGAACAAUUCAUGAAACCGAGGGACCUUGACUUUGCUAUGAGAAAACCUGGAGAUAGUGAAACUUUUUUAAGUCUUAAGCGUGAAAGGUUUGCUUUGUCUAGAAAUAAAAAGUCAGUAAUUCCACAUUGA